CUGAGCCGCCGCCGAGGACUCAGCUGCCUCCCCCUCGAGCCCCCUCGCUUCCCGACGCUCCGUCCCCCCCGCCCGCCUUCUCCCGCAGCCGCCUUCUGCAGGCCGUUUCCACCGAGGAAAAGGAAUCGUAUCGUAUGUCCGCUAUUCAGAACCUCCACUCUUUCGACCCCUUUGCUGAUGCAAGUAAGGGUGAUGACCUGCUUCCUGCUGGCACUGAGGAUUAUAUCCAUAUAAGAAUUCAACAGAGAAACGGCAGGAAGACCCUUACCACUGUCCAAGGGAUCGCUGAUGAUUACGAUAAAAAGAAACUAGUGAAGGCGUUUAAGAAGAAAUUUGCCUGCAAUGGUACUGUAAUUGAGCAUCCAGAAUAUGGAGAAGUAAUUCAGCUACAGGGUGACCAGCGCAAGAACAUAUGCCAGUUCCUAAUAGAGAUUGGACUGGCUAAGGACGAUCAGCUGAAGGUUCAUGGGUUUUAAGUGCUUGUGACUCUGAAGCUUAAGUGAGGAUUUCUUGCAAUGAGUAGAAUUUCCCUCCUGUCCCUUGUCACAAGUUUAAAAACCUCACAGCUUGUAUAAUGUAACCAUUUGGGGUCCGCUUUUAACUUGGACUAGUGUAACUCCUUCAUGCAAUAAACUGAAAAGAGCCAUGCUGUCUAGUCUGGACGUCCCUCAUUUAAACAGGUCAAGCAGUAGCCCCGGCAGUGAGUGUCCAGCCUGAAACAAAGCAAUAACUAUGUUUCAGCCAAGCCCAGAGCCCCAAGUUCAUAGGCUAUGUCUGCCCAGAAGCUCCUUGGCUCUCCCGCUACAGAAUCCCCUGCCCUAGGAGAAUGUCACCACUUGAGCAGCCCAGGUGAACAGGAGAAUGGGUAACACCACAGUAGCUGUGCCACUAGAGGGAGUCUCUAGCAAGAGCCCCUGUGUCCAGCCAAGUAGGCUGAAUUUAGAAAUGGCCAUCUUUCCCCAGGUGUCAUGGGCAUGUGGCUUGCCACCAGGGUAAUGUUUUUAGCCAGGCAUAUCACAAGGGAUGUUGGAAGAACUGAAGGGUGGGGCCAGCCUCAUCAAUUAAACUUAUGACAAGGGAACAAAUACCAAACCUGAUGCCAUCGGUCAUGUGGCUAGCUGUAUGUUUGAACUCAAUGGUAGAUGCUACGCAGUGCCAUGUGAAGGAACAAACUGGUUUUUUUGGUUUUCUUUUCCCUUACAGUUUUAAUGUUAUGUAAUGUAUUUAAACCCUUAUUUAAAUAAAACUUGUUUUCAGAAAUA